UUACAAGGAGCUCUAAUGGUUGCCUCUGUUCUGGCACUACUGGCAGGAUUCUGUGGAGUUGUUGGUUUUCUCAUGCGAUUUAUUGGCCCGUUGACGAUUGCACCAACGAUCACUCUGAUUUCGUUGUCACUGUUUCAGACGGCUGCUGACAAAGGUUCCACGCAGUGGUAUAUUUGUUUCAUGACAAUUGCCUUGGUGGCCAUAUUUUCUCAGUACUUGCGGAAUAUUGCGAUACCAUUCCCAUGUUUGAAAGAACCGUUGCAUAUAUUUGCUCUAUUUCCUGUGUUGCUGGCAGUCAUUUUGUCCUGGGUAAUCUGUGUUGUAUUGACAGAGACGAAUGCACUACCCAGCAACUCUACAGAGUGGGGGUAUGCUGCCAGGACUGACACAAAAAUCAACGUUCUACGACAGUCUAGCUGGUUUCGGUUUCCAUACCCAG